AUGAUACAACUAAAGACACUCCUCAAUUGUAUUGACAACUCCGGCGCUGCAGUCGUCGAAUGCGCGCAAGUUCUCAAGAAGUCAAAGACGGGGACAAUAGGGGACCGAAUUGUCGUCGUCGUCCAGAAACAACGAAACUUCGGCUCAGACGGUAACGCAAGCACGUCUAUCGCCAACAAGGUCAAGCGAGGAGAUGUCCGCCACGCUGUGAUUGUUAGAACGAAGAAGGAGGUCCGACGGCCGGAUGGAAGCUAUGUUAAGUUUGACGAUAAUGCCUGUGUCCUUAUAAACAAGUCUGGGGACCCAAUUGGGUCAAGAUUGAACGGCAUCGUUGGAGCGGAACUACGGAAUAAGAAAUGGUCGAAAAUAUUGUCAUUAGCGCCGAUGCAUUUGUAA